AGUUUAUGUUUGAACGUUGUUUACUGUAGUAGAGGAUACGUUUCGUCGGUUCUCGCAUUCGAAUCCGCUUUCCACCAUUUUUGUGUGAGAGACACUGCCCGUGUGCCUGACUGCCUGUGUACCCUGUAUGGUUCCUUAGCAGAGGACGAUUAAUACAAGGGGUGCCUAUUUGCUGCUCCUUUUUGUUUAACACACUAGUUAGCAUCGGUUCACAGUUUAGAAACAAGCGACGCUUGUUUUGGAAAAUCUUCGACUGUUUUCACCGCGCAAAAGUGCAUCGAUUCCGCAGCUAGGAGUGGCAACGGAAAAUGAAUCCAUUCUGAUAAAGAGAGAAGUAGUGAAAAAAAUAGCUUGCUCAACUUUUUUUCCUUGUCACAAGGAUUGAUAUAAGGAAAAAUACAACCACAGUGAUAAUACAAUAAGUGCUACAAGUGAUUUUCUCCAGUAGUGGUCGUUGGUGAACAAAACCCGAACAAAUAAUAGUGAUCGUAACUGGAUGAGUUAAACAACUCGACUUCAGUAGAAGGAUAUUUUUAGCACAAGGAUUAUUUCUCGUAGAGAUACUUGAUAUUUCGAACCGAUACUUUAUCGUCUUUUAAAAAACAUUUUGAACUCAACGACAACCAUUUCCGCGUACGUUCAAACCCUACGCGUAGAAUAGGAACAAAAGAUUUUGCGCACAACCGUUAGAAAAUCUCAUUAGCCAUGGGCGAGACGGACGAGAAAGACACCGCGCCACCGACGGUAACCGAGAAGCCAACCACGGAAGCACCUGCACCUGUCUCCGACGUCCAGGAACCGGAGCUGGACGCAAAAGAAACCGAAAAGCUGUUGGGUCACAGUGAUGAAAAGACCGAUGAAAUUAAAACCGAAAAACCUGCUGACGAGAAGAAGAAAAGCAACGAGAACGUGAACGGAACUGGCGAAGAGAUCAUCAAUAUCCCAGAGGAAACCGCGACCGAAACUACCAAACCGACCGAGGAUGACAAACCCAAAACGGAUAAACCGAACAAAGUACAAGCCGAGGAACGGGAGGUCAAACCCAAGAAAGUUCCGGCCGGUGCCUUCAAACUGCCAGGUUUUUUCAAUAAGAACAAAGCCAAAGAAGCAGAUGGUGCUGACAAUGAACUGCUGGAGAAGCAAGAUGCUGAAAAAGAGGUGAAACCUUCUGAAUCCGAAGAAAAACCGAAAAGAGCAGGAUUCUUCGCUAACCUGCGGUUGAGAAACCCCUUUGCCAGAAAACCUGCCGAAACCCCAGCGACCGAAGAAUCCAAAACUAAACCAGAAGAAGAAGAAAACGACGAAGUAACGGCUGAAGCCACCGACAAAAAACCGGAUGAGGAAGAAACUCCCGCUGAAAAGAAGGAAGAAGAAGUUACUCAAGCUCCGAAAAAAGGACUACUGGACGCUUUGAAGGUUCCCCUGGCAAGCAUAAUCCCCAAACGAUUCAAAUCCGGUUCCGGUGAACCCGAAAACGACUUAGAGCUCGGUAAGAGACCGAAAAACCAGGCUGGUCUUGCCUCGAUGGAAACUCUGGAUGACUCGAUAAAAGAUACGGAACAGCAGAAGGAUACCGUCGAUAAGGCGGCUGCGGCAACCGCCGCUGCCAACGGUACCGACUCUGAAGCACUAGUCAAACCCGAAGAGAAGAAGGAUGCCGAGAAGGAUGAAGCCGAUGAACAGACGCCCUCGAAAUAUCCAUGCCUGGAGCGAAUUCGGACGUACAAGUGUUCAGUUGAUGACAUUGCCAUAAUCACCGGAAUUUUCGUAUUCCUGCUGCUACUCGCCCUCAUCAUCGCCUUUACCUUCAUCGGCAAAAGUGAACCGAUAACGGCACCGGUGCGAGACGGAAAAUACAUCGAGACGGUCACAUCCUGUGGUAAGGUGGAGGGAAUUUUGGAAGAUGGAGCAUUUGCAUUCCGCGGUAUCCCGUAUGCCGUUCCCCCGGUUGGACCGCUCCGUUGGAAGGCGGCACAACCGAUCGAAAAUAUCAACUACUGCUGGAAUGAGACACUGAAGGCUCACAAUGCAACUCCCGUUUGCUGGCAAUUCUACGCCGACGGAAAGGUCGACGGUGCCGAAGAUUGCUUAACACUGGACGUGAUCACACCGCAUGUACGCUACGACAACCCUCUGCCGGUGGUAGUUCUGAUUGGUGCCGAAUCCUUCACGGGAGACUCACCCGGUAAACUGCGUCCGUCAACCCGUUUCGCCAGAGCUAGAGAUGUUAUCUUUGUUCGUCCCAAUUUCCGUUUGAACGUGUUCGGUUUCCUGGCAGUAGAACAACUGACGAAGACUGCUCAUCCUCCAACCUCCGGAAACUACGGACUUACGGAUAUCAUCGCUGCGCUCAAAUGGAUUCAAUUGAAUAUUGCCCAUUUUGGCGGAGAUCCAAAGUCGGUGACUUUGUUCGGACAUCGCGCUGGCGGAACAAUCGUUGCAGCUCUCGCCUCCUCAAACAAGACCACUAAACUGUUUGCCCGAUCAUGGAUCUCAUCUGCUGCGGCUAUCUACCCGGGAAAUCCUCUGUCUGAUUCGGAGAAAGCUAACGCUGUAUACCUUGGCCGUAUUAAGUGUACAGAUGCAAAGUGCUUGCGCGAGAAAGAAGACGAAGAUGUUUUGGAUGCUGUUCCUGAUGUGUGGAGAAGAAUAUUCCCGGAUUUACCCUCGGUUGAUGAGAACACCACCGCCACUCAUGAAUGGCUAACGCUUGAUGGACGAAUCCUUCAGCAGCACCCAGCUGAUGUGUGGAGUUCUGAAACCGGAAACCUUAAGUAUGUAAUCGGCACAACGGCCCACGAAAGUCAUUCAGAAAAACUGCGUCUUAAGUACACCGAAUGGACCCCGGAGCUAGUCAGGAAACACAUUAACGAGAGCAAGAUCGGUGAACUUGGUCUCACAGAGGAAGCCCUGCAGCGGUACAAUGCCACCUAUCAAGGCCUGGUGUCAAUGAUUUCUGACAUAAGGACAGUGUGCCCACUAUUGACAAUAGCGCAGAAACUUCUUACGUCACAGUUCUACGUCGUAACGCAAACAGGUGGCGAGCUGAACAUUGCCGAUGUCGACUCCGACAUUCAGGCGAUCCUGGGCCGCUAUGAACCGAAAUCUCCCGAACAAAGACGAUACAUGUCAGCUAUGCAGCAACUGUUCUACCACUACGUCUCGCAUGGCGAAAUCAAGCCGGAAUUGCGACGGAAAUUGCUCGACAUUGGACAGGAUGCACUGCCCACUUACAACACGACUAACUGCGAAUUCUGGAUCAAGAACGACGUCGUCCCACGAUACGCACGGUUAGACUAAAAUGGAAAGGAUAGGAAAGUGUUGUUCUAUGUAGACGCUAAGCAAACACAAGUUAGAACAGAACCAGUUAUUUAAUGUAGCUCUUUUUCAGAAACAUAAUCGAGCCAAUUAUUGUACGAAAACCAUAGCUCAGGCCAAAAAGUGGACCGUUUUUGCUUCCUAUACCAAUGGUAGCUUUUUGAUACGAGCAGUUUUUAUAAUCGUCCAUUUUUUUUAAUGACGAAAUACUCCUUCACAUUUUUCAGUAUUAAGAAAAAAAAACAUCUUGAUCUUCGACCAAAAAUAUCGCGUAGAUUUCAUCUUCAUCAUCUAGGAAAAUUUUCAGACAUUUUUAAACAAGCUUGUUUAUGGGUACAACUCGUUCAAUAGAGGCAAAAUAACUCUCCAUACUACGCUAAUACAUAAUUUUCCACGCGUGUUUUAACGAUAGUUAGUCCACAAAAUUAAAACACAUUAAAUGCUAAAGAAAAGGCUGUAAAAAGUUAUAGCUUCGGAAUAUUAAAAAUGAAAGUAAACAGAGGAAAAAGUCGUAUGGAAAUCGUAAUAUAUUAUACAAAUCUCAUUAAUUUAUAGCAAAAGAAUGAGGCAAGGUGCAGCUUCGCAAACAGUUGGUGGGGCUUCGGGGAAGCAACUAGUACGAGAAAUAAAGAAAAAGAAGAAAAAACAUCUUUCGAUUAACUGAAUGAAUGAAAACGACACACUAAACUAAGAAAACUAGUGUGUAAUACAUAUUGUUGUAAUUUAUACCUAUAUGUAAUAUGUAAUUAUUAUGUACUAUUUUUGCUUUUUUUUUAGUUCCAUGACAAUUUAGUGAUCUUUUGAAUAAGGCAACUUUAAUUUGUCCCUCCUGAUUAGUAGAUCCAGUAAGCUAAUAGUUUUUAAUGAGUGCGAGUUCAGAACAAUUCAUCACAAAGAGUAUAAGUUUUACACAAAUGUAAGCAUAAUGUUUUAGUAGCAUCCAGAACCUUUCAGAACAAAAUAACCUUUCAAUAAAAGUACAACCGAACAAUAAAUCAUACACAACAAAGCAUUUAGAGAGAAAAUAGUUGUUUUAUCAUUUUGUAAAAAAAAAUACUCAGCUCAGUCAAAUAUCCAGGAAUAUUCUUGCAGUAAGAUAGCGCAUACGUUUUCCAGCAUUCGUGGAAAAAAACAUGACAUGCAUAGACAUCAAAUUCGCAUUAAUUACGUAGUAACUCGAACGCAAUGUGUAAAGAGGUCAUAAAGAAAAGGCUAGAAAUAUACAUUCGUCUUUU